GCGAGAACAUCAGCAACAUCCAGAAGGCCAUCGGGGCGAGGAUGCUCGCGGUACGCGGUGAGGGCCUCGACAACAACCAGACGGGCUACGACCGGCUGCACUUCGUGUGCAAGGGCGACGCCGACUGCGCCUCGAAGCUGCAGCCAGCCCUGGAGCGGGCGGUGGCGGAGAUCCACGCGCGCGUGACCGAGAG